AUGAUGCGCCAACAAUUUCUGACGCGUCGAUGGGGCGCACUUCUUCUCUUCCUCCUCUCAUUUUUGAUUUUCAACGAUGAGGAAUCAGUCUUUGUUCAAUACGUGCUCGCAAAAGAGGCAAGUGAACCCGGGGUCUCUUCUGCUGACAACGCCGCGAGGAAAGCUGGAGAAAUUGGCACCACAGAAGUAGGAGCGCCUCCCGUGUUGGCAACUAUUCUUAAAGACGCCACCGCGGAGGAAUCAAACAAACAAAAGGAAAAGGAAUACGCCGAGCGACGGUCGAAGGUGUACUCGCGCGUAGAAUUUGCCUCGUUCGUACUGCAAAAGUCACCGUUAGAAGAUGAAUUCUGCGUUUACGACGUCCAGAAGGAAGGCGACGAAGGCGACGACGAAGACGAAAAGAUUGGUCCCGUGCCGCUGUUGAAAAAGAGGGAGAAGACAGAGCGCGAAGUCUUGCCCUCAUUGAAGGCGUACAAAACAUCCGUGCAAGAACAACUUCAGCAAAAACGAGCGUUGGAGAAGAAGGCUAAAAAAGCAACGAAAAGUGGCGAGAAUAUUAGCAGCGGCGGCGAACAACAACCAGUGGUGGUGGUCGCGAGCAACGGCGAGAAAGACCUGAACUCGUCUACACCUGGAGAGGAAGCAGAUGAAUCCACCAAAUCCGGAAUUUCCGUUUCGGAUGAUGCCACUCUCGCGGAGGAACAGUCUGCAUCAUCAGCGUCGUCGUCGUCGUCGUCGUCGUCAUUAUCAUCUACCACUGCAUCGUCGGAGAAAAAAGCUUCUGAUGGAGAUGAAAAGGGUGCGAACGAGAAAACGGACAUCGAGAAGACUGAAAAAGCACAAGUCGCGAACAAGGAGACGGCGUCGAGUGCAAAGACUUCCGAAAAUAAAGGAGACAGAGAAACGGAGACAAAUAGAAACGAAGAGCACGCAGGGAAUGACGGCAUCGAAAAAGCGGCCGAUGAGACUGAGCAUACAAAGAGCGCGGCGGAAAAAUCCGAGGAAUCUGAAACAUCCGCAUUAGAUGUGAACGCGGCGGCUUCGUCGUCUGAGAGCAGCACAAAAGUAGAAGCGGAGAUUGAUAAGAGCAGUGCUGACGAGCAUAAUAACGUUGCAGAUUCGAAGGAGAACAACCAUCUUGACAGCGAAGACAGCAAAGCAAGCGAUGCAAAUGAUGAAGACGACGAUGAUGAUGAUGAUGAUGACAUGGCCAAUAAAAUUAUACAUCCUCAAUCCGUCACCAAAGAAGACCGAGAAAAGUAUAAUUUAGCCUCGGUCCGAAAUGGAGCAAAAGUUAUCUCGAGUAACGAGGAGUCGAAGCACGCUUCUGCGAUGCUUUCAGAAGAUAUGGACUCGUAUUACAUAUCUCCGUGCAACGCAGAAAGCAAAUGGGUAACUGUCGAACUCUCCGAAGAAGCAACUUUGACACAAGUUAUCGUCGCCGACUACGAAUUUCACUCUUCCGGCAUGCACGACUUUGAAAUUUGGGGUACGGACGGUCAUCACAGCGAUAAGGACGGUUGGAAAAAGCUCGCUACUUGUGAAGCCUCGCGGUCGAGAGAGCCGCAAAAGUUUUCCAUUCCCGCGAACGAAUGGGUGCGAUACGUACAGCUUCGCUUCUUGACGCAUUUUGGAUCUCAUCACUUUUGUACGGUUUCUCUUUUUCGCGUUCACGGUAAAGAUGCCAAAGAGACGCUUCGGGAAGAAAUGGAGAGGUUACAAGAAGAGGUUGAGGAAGUAGAGCAAUUGUUUCGCGAAACGGACGAGACUGAGGAAGCAGAAGCAUCGGCAUCUUUCGAGGAAGGAGAGAAUAGCAACAACGAUGCGUUGGACGGUUCUGCCUUGUCUGAUGUUGACGACGCCGAUGUUGUGGGAAUUACUCGCGACGAGAACCUCGACGGCGACGGGAAUAACGAGAAUGCAACUGAUAAUGGUGGGAAUAAGCCUUCGAGUACUACCGAUGUGUCAGCUCGGGAAAGCGAAGAAGAUUUGAAAACAAAGAAGAAUUCGAAAGGUAGUAGUGAUGGUAGUGGUAGUACAAGUAAAACUGAUUCACCCGGCGGCGAGUCGGUCGCUGCUGCCACCAACAAUGUGAAAAAAAAUGAAGUGAACGAGGAGGAAGUGAACGCGGCGAUGCAAGAUACAUUGCCCUCAAAGGAUGAGCAGGCGGCAACAGCCAAUAAGUCUUCGCGCGACACGAGAGAGAAUAGUGGCACAUCCACCCCUUCUUCUAGCGCUGCUACUACCACUACUUCUGCGAACGCAACGCUUGCUACGGAAGUUCCCGAGGCUGACGCGACGAGUGAAGAAAAUUCCAACGCCUCAUCUGCUGGCCAGAUGAAACCGCCGCCAUCAUCGUCGUCCCUCAGCAAUAAGACGAAAUCGAACGAGAGCGGCGCUUCUGCUUCUUCAUCUGAAGGUGCUUCGACGCCGGCGGCAGCGGCGGCGGCAGCAGCGGCCGCAGCGGCUUCGCAACCCGGAGGAGGCGGUAAAGGUUCCGAAAACGUUUUCCGUAAACUCGCGCAGAAAGUGAAAGAUUUGGAAUUGAACCAAUCUGUGCUUGACCGUUACAUCGAAAGCUUGAACGAGCGAUACGCUGGUGCGUUGGACGAUUUAAAUAAAGAAAUCGAUGAGAUUGCUGCGGUGGUGACAAACUCUUCGAACGCGUUGAAUGAAGCCGCGAGAAGGAUGGAAAAAUCUGCGUCGAAGUGCGACAAAGAAACGGAGAGGCAAGCGGAUAGAUUCACAAAGUCCGAGCACGCCUUGAUGGGUGCGCUGAAGGAGUUUGAAAACAGUCGCGCGCAGGCACGCAGACGAGAGAAUGUUAUUCUUUCGUUCAUGUUUGUCAUCUUGACUGGUAUGGCUUGGAAUGCAGCGGGUCUGGGAGGGAUUAGUAGUACUCUUAAAAAGAAAGCGUCAUCGCGCGAUGCGCAAGAGGAGGAAGGAGCAGAGGAGAUGGCGCACGAACCGCCACAACAACAAGAACACAACGCGUUUCGGAGAGUGCAUCUCAGCUCUCCAGAUUUCGCGACGCACGCUUUCAGGGAGAAUCUUUUCUUCGAAUAG